AUGCGCUCCUUUCCUCUCUUCCUCGCUACUGCCGCCGUCGGCCUCGUCAACGCCUCGAAGACUUCCUCCACGUCCACGGAUGUCACUGUCAAAGUCACCGCCACCAGAACGCAUACUGUCUGCCCGCUGACUUCUGCCUACACAUGCGGGCUACCCACCGAUGUCAGUGGGAGUAGCACAGUGAGCAACGUUGCCGAGGCAGCAUGGGCAUCGUUGUGGGAUGCCCAGAAGUCCAAGUACACUGGUCAAUGGGACGACUGGAAUAACAUUCCUCCGACCACAGGGGCGAGUUCAAGUACCCCAACCACUGUCACCACGUCCGCUACUUCAAGUGGCCCUGGCUCUCACAGCAGCGGAAUAUUCUCGAACGGCACCAGUACUGGAAGCACCAGCUCCAUCACAGGGUCUUCCACAACCGGGUUGUCGACCACUUCGACUUCAGCUACGACGUCAGGCUCAUGCCCAUCUUAUACACCAGUUGCCAACCUCACCGACUUCUGCAACUCAGCGUCUGAUCGAUCCAGGUGGUGCCAUGGCAAGGAUCUCAAGACUGAUUACUACAAGGCCGACUAUUCCACAAAUGUCGUGCGCAAGUACACCUUCGAGAUUACCAAUACCACGUUGGUCUUUGACGGUACUGGUCCGCAGCUUGCUCUAGCCAUCAACGGCCAGGUUCCCGGACCUGUCAUCGAGGCCAAUUGGGGUGACACAGUGGAAGUCACGGUGAUCAACAAACUGCAAGAUAACAGCACCUCCAUCCACUUCCACGGGAUUCGGCAACUGGGCACGAAUGAUCAGGAUGGUGUUCCCGGUGUAACUGAAUGCGCCAUUGCCGGAAACGGCGGCUCUCGCACUUAUAGAUGGCAUGCAAGCUCUUAUGGAACGAGCUGGUAUCACAGUCACUCGUUCGCUCAGUAUGGUGAUGGUAUUCGCGGCCCUAUUGUCAUCCACGGACCUGCUACUACCGAUUAUGACUACGAUAUGGGCACAGUGAUGAUUGAUGAUACAUUCGGCAUCCCUGCUGCCGCCGCAGCUGCGCGGAUUGCCCACUUCGGACCAGGUGGCUCCUUCAACACCCUCUUCAAUGGCAAGAAUAAGAAUCCGGAUGGACAGGCUGGCGAGUCCUUCCAGUGGAGCGUCAAGCCUUGCCGCAAGCACUUGUUCCGCAUCAUCAACAGUUCCUCCCAGAACAGCUACAUUGUGGGGUUCGACAAGCACACCAUGACAGUGAUUGCUGCUGACUUUGUCCCCAUUGUGCCGUACAAGACCCAGACCCUAAACAUCGCCAACGGUCAGCGAUACGACGUGGUCGUGGAGAUGGACCAGACUCCCAGCGCUUACUUCGUCCGUGCAGUUAUCCAGACCCAGUGCCCUUCGGGCGGUGCCAACUCAGGUCUGGGACUUGCCAAUGCCAUCAUCGCCUAUGAGGGUUCCAAUUCAACUGCCACUCCAGUCUCCCAGACUCCGAUCACCAGUGACACUGCCAACAUCUGCCAAGACGAGCCUCUGGAGUCUUUGGUGCCAUAUCUUCAAAAGCCUGCCGGCACCUCGACUUCUUUCCAGUCGUCCGCAUCCACCGUCCCGGCUGGUUCUCUCACCUCGGUGGCCACCAACGACGAUGGAACUGUCUUUAACUGGUUCCUGAACAACGCCGCCAUCAAUGUGAACUAUAGCCAACCCACCCUCGAAACUCUGGCCACAGGCGGAUCCAACACCCUCCUUAGCAACCCCGUCAUUCUCAACCAAGCCAAUCAGUGGGUAUACUUUGUCAUACAAAACCAAUUUUUUGUGUCGCAUCCCAUGCAUGUUCACGGUCAUGAUGUGUCUGUCCUCGGUACUGGAUUGGGCACAUUCAGCUCGGCAGACAUCGCCUCGUUGAAAUUUGACAACCCCACACGGCGUGACACCGUUAUGCUCCAAGGUUCCCCGGGUCCUGGUCAACCGGUUGGCUGGACGGUCAUUGGGUUUGAGACCGACAAUCCAGGUACCUGGCUGAUGCACUGUCACAUCACCUGGCAUCUAGAUGGUGGUCUCGCUCUCCAAUUCAUUGAGCGUCCACAGGAUAUUGACGCUGCUGGUUACGUCAACAAGCCGAGCUAUAAGGACGAAUGCUCCUCCUUGCAAGCUUAUGAGGCGGCUAAUCCAUAUGGCGACAAGUUGACGGGUCAGUCCGGUCUGAAGAGACGGACAUUGUACGAGUCCUUAGGGUUGGAUGGAAGCCAGUCCGCAGCAAAGAUGCACAUGGACAGAUACCGUAAGCGGCAUAUGGGUCAUGGCCAUGCCCAUUACUAG